ACAAGUCCAGGGUCCAUACGCAAGGAAGACGUAAACACUGGAGGAGCCGAAAGCUGCAAUACGCUAUCGAAACUCCAAGUCGAAUUUUAUCUCGCACCCUUUUCGUGUUUAUUGUUAAAAGUUCGAUCUUUUGGGCUCGACUGAUUAUUUUUUCAGCCAAAUAGAUGUCUGAAAAUUCAUUAUUAUCGUUUGACGGAUCACAUCUGUAGAUAUCGUUUGCCCUAUCUGGUGCUUAAUAGAUUUUAUGACGAUGGAGGGCAAUUGGAAAUCUAAGGAUCAAAUUGAAGUUUCAGAAGGCUUAUACACAAGGGUUUCUGAUUUCUCCUUUGGCGACCGGAUGCCCACUUCUCCUACUGGUGAUGAGCAGGUCGGUAAUCUGCGAGACCAUGUUAUCAAGGAUAACGAUCAUCAUGGUUCUUUCUCCACUGCUGACCUUGAAAGGCAUAGUACAAAUACUUCCUCGUUCUAUCCUGCGUUGUCCGGAGAGACAUUGGGAAAAAAUAAAGAAAACCUGGAAAAAUCAGGUAACCUUCAGAGGAGAGGAAAAUAUUUCUAUUAUGAUUCUCCGCUGUAUGAAGAUACUGGGGUUUGGAUACCAGUUUCGGUUCCACCUAUGUUGGAAGGUGAACAUGAGGAGCGGGCUAGAGGUUUUCACUCAAAUGGCGGCUAUUUUCCAGAGGGUGACUUGGGAUGGAAUCAAUACCUUGGAGAAGAAAAGGAAUUGACCAUGUGGGAUGUAAUAGUAGAAAUGCUGCUUGUGGCCCGUGGAAAAGUGACUUCUUUGGCUUCAGGAGAUAUUCAGAAAUGCAACUUUUCAUGGAUAUCAAACCUUGUACUUGAACAAGCUUGGAAGGAGAUGGCUCAAACUCUCACAGAGGCCAACUUUAGUAAUUUGAAGGAAUUGCUUGAAACGGAGCCUCCAAAAUGGUUGCCUGAUAGCUCUUCUUCUUCUUGUAUGCUUUGUGGUGUGCGGUUUCAUCCUAUCAUGUGUUCACGGCAUCAUUGCCGGUUUUGUGGAGGAAUAUUUUGUGGUGAAUGCUCCAAAGGACGAAGCUUGUUACCAAUCAAGUUUCGAGUCUCUGAUCCCCAAAGAGUCUGUGAUGUCUGUUGUGUACGGCUUGAGUCUGUACAGCCAUAUUUAAUGGACCAGGUUAGUAAUGCAACUCAAGUGCCAACUCAGGAUCUGACAGAUCUCAGCACUUUGAGAUCUUGGCUGAAUUUUCCUUGGGGACAGUCCAUGGAAUAUGAAAUUUAUAAAGCAACUAACACUAUCAAGGCUUAUAAUCAGCUUGGUUCCUUGAAGCCAGAGAAGUCAAUCCCUGAUUUCAUUCUAAGGCAAGCAAAAGGCCUUGCAAUUAUCACUGUUGUGAAAGUGGGAGUCAUGGUUACCUACAAUAUUGGUACAGGACUCGUGGUUGCACGUAGGGAAGAUGGUUCAUGGUCUCCGCCAUCUGCCAUUUCCACAUUUGGUGUUGGAUGGGGAGCUCAGGCUGGAGGAGAGUUAACGGACUUCAUAAUUGUUCUGAGAACAAAGGAUGCUGUCAAGACAUUUAGUGGUAAUAUGCAUAUUUCACUUGGAGCUGGAGCAAGUGCUGCAGUUGGAACUGUUGGAAGGGCAGUUGAAGCUGAUUUUCGUGCAGGGGAUGGUGGUCAGGCUGCUUGUUACACGUACAGCUGCAGUAAAGGUGCAUUUGUUGGAUGUUCACUGGAAGGUAGUAUUGUGACUACACGAUGGCAAGAAAAUUCCCGUUUCUAUGGCAGCCAGUCUUUAACAGCAACAGACUUGCUUCUUGGCUCGUUGCCAAGGCCACCGGCUGCUGCCAUUCUUUACCGUGCUCUUGAAGAUAUCUAUUGGAAGCGUGACGGUUGAUUCAAUCCUUCAGCAUUGCAUUGCAUGCCUCCAAGAUUGUACAGUUGCAUUUAAAACUCAAACUGUAUAGUUAAUUCUUACAUGGCAUUCUUUGUCGUUGUGAAUCCUCCUGAAUCUGUGGAUAUCAAUUAUCAAGAUGAUUGAUUCGUCUGAAA